AUGGACGGCAGGGUAUCAACAUCUGGUAUCCAUCCGCAGACAGCGCAGAAAGCACAGAAUGGCAAGCAAGAAGCAAGCGACGGGCCUCUUCCUCCCCUCUCCUCCUCCUCCUCUUUUUCUUUUACCAGCAGUCCAGCAAUUGACCGCCACCACCACCACCACCAUCACCACCACCGGUUUGAAGUCGGCCGCGGCGGCGGUGGCAUGCAGGACGCGGCGAUACUGGGCGGACUGGCCGCAGACGGUCCGGGGGAUGCUGGCCGGGAAAAUCUCCCCAACAUUGAUUAUCCCUCCUCUCGGAGCACUAGAGCAUGCACCCUGAAGACCGACUGGUCGACACUGUGGUGACAAUGUCGGCAUUUCCAAACACUUGACGGCAGACCAGGUGACAGGAAGACCGAUUCCAUAUCAGCUUCAACUCGGCGAGUCGCGCGCGAGACUUGCAACGUACAAAAUGAGGGCCGUGAGAUUUCCGCCGGCAUGGUUUACCAAUAUCCCGUAGUCGCAGGGCUGGCUGACAUUUUGCUCAAAGUGGGGUCCAAUAACAUACGAGAAGCCUCAUCGCGGCGGGUGGAUGGGAUAAAGCCUGUUCGACUGUUCCCCAGACGAGUCGAACAGGGACGCCAAAUGACGACGGGAAAUGAGAUUGAUUCGCACUCGACCAUUUGGCGUACACCAUGUGUGCGUUGCGAGAUGGCUAAUAACAGUCAUGCACUAUGGAGGCGGGGAGGAGAGUGAGUAAGUUUGCUGUGUCUGUCUAGAAUGGUGGUCGCGACGACGGCGCCGGUUUGCCGUGCCGUUCAAUGCUUGCCGCUCGCGAUCUAUCCAGGAGGCGCCAUGCACAAUUGCGACGUCGCAAGCGUGGCGCCUCGCCAAGAUGCUCGUUAGACUUUGGUUGGAUUCUCGUUGGGUUCGCGUUCAGCGGCUGCAUCCUUUCAUCGCUGGAGGUGUACAAGUAUGUAGACAAACCAUGAAGCAGCCGCCACUGACCAAAGUUUCUAUUUGCAGUUUGCCCUGAAGCUUGCUUCGCAAUCCCGGGGCCCACCACGCGGAAGUCUGGAAGCCUUCCAUACUUUUUCUUCUUGCGCUCUUUUUUGUUCGGGGGGAGGAGGGUUGAAAAGGCGGAGUAGUCAGGUUGCUGGGCUGUUGUCGCGCUUUUACAUGACGCGUUUGCCCCAAAAUGCUUGCUUCUUGCUAUUCUCAUCCGCCCAUUUUGGAUUCCUCCUCUUCUGGUUUCUUUCUUUCUUUCUUUCUUCAACGGUAUAACACCACCUACGGUAUGAUGUGUAUCUGGCUUGGCGCAAACUUGAGGGGAAUCACCCCUGCAGCUGCGGUAUGCGGCAGUUUGUCUCACGCUUGACGUCGUCUUUACUUGGGUACUUGGAGACACCAGGCGGUUGGCAUGGACGAACACUGCGUACGACGCGUGUGGGUGUCGUGCUGCACAGCUGUCUGUCGGCACCGUCCACGGUAGAAUGAGGAUGGGUGAUCCCGGGCCAAUAACAGCCGCGAAGACAUUUUCUUUGUCUCCCUGUCGGUUACACAACAAUACUUCCAUGUUUGUGUCGAGGUGACGAGACCACGGCCGUCUUUUUCUCAAAGCCAGUCUGUCCAAUUCGGAAAAGGGGCGAACCCCCCUCCUCCAGGGGGGAAAAGAACAAGAAAACCACCCAAGGAUCUCUUCAAGACAGCCAAACUCCAUGGGCCACCAUGCAUGGACGCUUCGUUGGCGGCAAACUGUUGUACAGACCCGGCCGUACCCAAGAUUGAACCAGUUUCAUCCGAAUGCCGGCCAAACAUUUGAUCGACCCGCCAGGAAAUUGGGUUAAGGUUCUUGGGUCGUUGCCCUUCCAUUGAGCUGUCGUUUCAACACAAAGUGCUGUCAAGCUCUGACGCUUGUGUAUUGGUGGCUCGGGCAAAGGCAGGCAAUCCAAGGUUGGGCUGCCCUUUGUCGUCUGAACUUGUGACAUCCAGGACCGUGAGACCAGCUCUAGCAGGCACGUUUCAAUGGCGAAGCCAAAAGGUUAAGAGAUGGCUCGUCUGAACGCUUUAGCCAACGGGUUCCCGCAGCAAGCAUACGAACGUUGCGAUACGUCAACGGAAGGGGGUUUGGUUUGGUAUGGUUUGGCGACAGGUCGUCGACAACCUGUGAGUGACGAAGCCCAUGCUAUGGCAUGUAUCGCUAGUCCGAAUCGAUCAAUCCUGUAAGGCCGCUCGCUUGCCUACCUUCCACUUAUUUAUUUGUUAUCUUUAUCGUUUGUUUUUAUUUUUUCAAUUCUUAUUGCGUGCUUUUU